AAGAUCCAUCCUGGUUGUGAACCCUAGCCGUGCCACUUACUAGUUGUGGGGUUCUCUGCAGGCUACCCUCUCUGUUUCCUUAUCUAGAAAGUGGGUCGUUUGGGGGAUUAAAUGAGUCAAGUUUGAAAUGCCUAUUCCUGGGCCUAGUUCAGGAUAAGUAUUUAGUGAGUGUUGGUUCUCUUUCUUCCCUCAAGAGAAGAGGUCAGCAGUACCACAGAGGGAGGAGGUGACCAGCACUUUAGAGAGUGGCAGGGUUAUGGUAAGGUCUUCUUUUGCAAGUCCAGAAACUCCAUUUAGAAAAGUUGGACACUGCAUUUGUUCCACUGGGUCCUGGUGUUUUGGAAGAUUCCGAGUGCCUGAGAGACCCUGCCCCCCAUUUCUUCUCUGACCCAGUGUGCAGGCUGCCUUCAGCACCAUGGCCUUUUCGUCAAGGUUUGCCUUCUGGGAGCAAAAGGUUAAAGAGGAGGACAAAACUCUGCCAAAGCCUGGCCCUCCUGGCAAGGAGGAAGGGGCUCUAGAGGGCAGCUCCAAGGACGGCGGUGGUCCAUCUAGGAGUCCUCAACCUGCCACCAGCCCAGUACCCUCAGAGUCUUCCCAGCGAGCCAAGAGUCCUGCACCCACACUCACCAUGAAUGGCCUGGGGGCUGCCUCAGCAAAGGGCCCAAGUGAGGAGGCCCAGGGCCUGUCCCGGAAGCAGGUGGCAAAUGCAGUGAGGAAGGUGGUGAGCAAGGUGCUGCCUGGUGAGGAGCCUGGGAGUGCCAAAGAGCCUCCAGGCCGAGGAGCCAAGUCCCCUGAGCACCCAGCUCGAGGCAAGAGAGGAGAAAAGGCAGCCUCUAGUCCCAAGCCACCUCCACCGCCUCCUCCUCCCCCUGCUCCACCAAAGCCACAAACAAAGAAGGAGGCAGCCAAGGAUGAGCUCUCAAUAGGCCUGCGAAGCCUGAUGUCACGGGGCCGAGGCAAAGACCACAAGCCUCGUGGCAAGCAAUCUCCUGGGAAGGAGAAACCUCCCAGCCAAGAAACAGGCUCGUUGGGGAAACCAGGCUUCCCAGACAGGGUGGACUCCCCAGAAAAAGAAGGAUCUCCAGCCAAGCCUGAAACCCCAGAAAAGCAGUACUCCUCAGUCCCACAGAGAGAGCUGGUGGACCCAGGCUCUGCUGGCCUGAAGCCGAACCUUGCUGGAGAGCAGCAGGCCAAGUCACUGGCCCCUGGCAUGCAGCAGGAGGUAGGAGCUGCCCCCGAAGUCCAGCUGAGCCCCGCGGAGGAGGCACACCAACGGCUUGAGAGGAUCUUCACAGCUUCUCUGGACCCUGAGGCCGCCUCUCCUGCCCACAGCCAGGCCAAGACAGAAGAGCAGAUUGCAGCUGAAGAGGCCUGGUAUGAGACCGAGAAGGUGUGGCUGGUCCAUAAGGAUGGCUUCUCCCUAGCCAGUCAACUCAAAUCAGAGGAGCUCAGCUUACCUGAGGGGAAGGUGCGUGUGAAGCUGGACCAUGAUGGAACCAUCCUGGAUGUGGAUGAGGACGAUGUAGAGAAGGCUAAUGCUCCCUCCUGUGACCGUCUAGAAGAUCUGGCCUCACUGGUGUACCUCAAUGAGUCCAGCAUUCUGCACACACUGCGCCAGCGCUAUGGUGCUAGCCUGCAACAUACCUAUGCUGGUCCCAACCUGCUUGUCCUCAGCCCCCGUGGGGCCCCUGCUGUGUACUCAGAGAAGGUGAUGCACAUGUUCAAGGGGUGUCGGCGGGAGGACAUGGCACCCCACAUCUAUGCUGUGGCCCAGACUGCGUAUAGGGCAAUGCUGAUGAGCCGCCAAGACCAGUCCAUCAUCCUCCUGGGCAGUAGUGGCAGUGGCAAGACCACCAGCUGUCAACAUCUGGUGCAAUACUUGGCUACCAUCGCAGGCACCAGCGGGAACAAGGUGUUUUCUGUGGAGAAGUGGCAGGCUCUGUAUACCCUCCUGGAAGCUUUUGGAAACAGCCCAACCAUCAUGAAUGGCAAUGCCACUCGCUUCUCCCAGAUCCUCUCCCUGGACUUUGACCAAGCUGGCCAAGUGGCCUCAGCCUCCAUUCAGACGAUGCUUCUGGAGAAGCUGCGUGUGGCCCGACGCCCAGCCAGUGAGGCCACAUUCAACGUCUUCUACUACCUGCUUGCCUGUGGGGAUGGAACCCUUAGGACAGAGCUCCACUUGAACCACUUGGCAGAGAACAACGUGUUUGGGAUUGUGCCACUGGCCAAGCCUGAAGAAAAGCAGAAGGCGGCUCAGCAGUUCAGUAAGCUGCAGGCAGCCAUGAAGGUGCUGACCAUCUCCCCUGAUGAGCAGAAGGCCUUCUGGCUCAUCCUGGCUGCUAUCUACCACCUAGGGGCUGCAGGAGCCACCAAAGAAGCUGCUGAAGCUGGGCGUAAGCAGUUUGCCCGCCAUGAGUGGGCCCAGAAGGCUGCAUACUUGCUGGGAUGCAGCCUGGAGGAGCUGUCCUCGGCCAUCUUCAAGCACCAGCACAAGGGCAGUACCCUGCAACGCUCUACCUCCUUCCGCCAGGGCCCUGAGGAGAGCAGCCUGGGUGAAGGCACAGGCCCCAAACUGAGCGCUCUGGAGUGCUUAGAGGGCAUGGCAUCUGGCCUCUACAGUGAGCUCUUUACCCUUCUUGUCUCCCUGGUGAACAGGGCUCUGAAGUCUAGCCAGCACUCGCUCUGCUCCAUAAUGAUUGUGGACACUCCAGGCUUCCAAAACCCUGAGCAGGGUGGAUCAGCUCGCGGAGCCUCUUUCGAAGAGCUGUGCCACAACUACGCUCAGGACCGGCUGCAGAGGCUUUUCCACGAGUGCACCUUCUUGCAGGAGUUGGAAAGAUAUAAGGAGGAGAACAUUGAGGUGGCAUUUGAUGACUUGGAACCAGCUGCAGAUGACUCGGUGGCUGCUGUGGACCAGGCCUCCCACCAGUCCCUGGUCCGCUCACUGGCCCAUGCAGACGAGGCAAGAGGCUUGCUAUGGCUGCUGGAAGAGGAGGCACUGGUGCCAGGGGCCACUGAGGACACCCUCCUUGAGCGCCUUUUCUCUUAUUACGGCCCCCAGGAAGGGGAUAAAAAAGGCCAAAGCCCCCUUCUGCGCAGCAGCAAACCACACCAUUUUCUCCUGGGCCACAGUCAUGGCACCAACUGGGUGGAAUACAACAUGGCUGGCUGGCUGAGCUACACCAAGCAGAAUCCAGCCACUCAGAAUGUCCCCCGGCUCCUGCAGGAUUCCCAAAAAAAGAUCAUCAGCAACCUGUUUUUGGGCCGGGCGGGCAGUGUCACAGUGCUCUCAGGUUCCAUCGCUGGCCUAGAGGGCGGCUCACAGCUAGCUCUGCGCAGGGCCACCAGCAUGCGGAAGACCUUUACCACAGGCAUGGCUGCUGUCAAGAAGAAGUCACUGUGCAUCCAGAUUAAGCUACAGGUGGAUGCCCUCAUUGACACCAUCAAGAGGUCCAAAAUGCACUUCGUGCACUGCUUCCUGCCUGUAGCUGAAGGCUGGGCUGGGGAGCCCCGAUCUGCCUCCUCUCGCCGUGUCAGUAGCAGCAGUGAGCUGGACCUGCCUCCAGGAGACCCCUGCGAGGCUGGGCUCUUGCAGCUUGAUAUGCCCCUGCUUCGUGCCCAGCUCCGGGGCUCCCGCCUGCUCGAUGCCAUGCGCAUGUUCCGCCAAGGUUACCCUGACCACAUGGUGUUUUCUGAGUUCCGCCGCCGUUUUGAUGUCCUGGCCCCACACCUGACCAAGAAACAUGGGCGCAACUACAUUGUGGUGGAUGAGAAGCGGGCAGUGGAAGAGCUACUGGAAUCCUUGGACCUGGAGAAGAGCAGCUGCUGCAUGGGUCUAAGCCGGGUGUUCUUCCGGGCAGGCACAUUGGCACGGCUGGAGGAACAGCGGGAUGAGCAAACCAGCAGGCACCUAACCUUAUUCCAGGCAGCCUGCAGGGGCUACCUUGCCCGCCAGCACUUCAAGAAGAGAAAGAUCCAGGACCUAGCCAUUCGCUGUGUGCAGAAGAACAUCAAGAAGAACAAAGGGGUGAAGGACUGGCCCUGGUGGAAGCUCUUUACCACUGUGCGGCCCCUCAUUGAAGUACAGCUAUCAGAGGAACAGAUCCGCAACAAGGACGAGGAGAUCCAGCAGCUGCGGAGCAAGCUUGAGAAGGUGGAGAAGGAGAGGAAUGAGCUGCGGCUCAACAGUGACCGGCUAGAGACCCGGAUCUCGGAGCUGACAUCGGAGCUGACAGAUGAACGUAACACUGGAGAGUCCGCUUCCCAGCUGCUGGACGCAGAGACAGCAGAGAGGCUCCGAGCUGAGAAGGAGAUGAAGGAGCUGCAGACCCAGUAUGAUGCACUGAAGAAGCAAAUGGAGGUGAUGGAGAUGGAGGUGAUGGAGGCCCGGCUCAUCCGGGCAGCUGAGAUCAAUGGGGAAGUAGAUGAUGAUGAUGCAGGAGGUGAGUGGCGACUAAAGUAUGAGCGAGCUGUGCGGGAAGUGGACUUCACUAAGAAACGGCUCCAGCAGGAGUUGGAAGACAAGCUAGAGGCAGAGCAGCAAAGCAAGAGGCAGCUGGAGAGGCGGCUUGGAGACCUGCAAGCAGAUAGUGAUGAGAGCCAGCGGACACUGCAGCAGCUGAAGAAGAAGUGCCAGCGGCUGACAGCUGAGCUACAGGACACCAAGCUGCACCUGGAGGGCCAGCAGGUCCGCAACCAUGAGCUAGAGAAGAAGCAGAGGAGGUUUGACAGCGAACUCUCACAGGCACAUGAGGAGGCCCAGCGGGAGAAGCUGCAGAGGGAGAAGCUGCAGCGGGAGAAGGACAUGCUCUUGGCUGAGGCUUUCAGCCUGAAGCAGCAAAUGGAGGAAAAAGACAUGGACAUUGCAGGGUUCACCCAGAAGGUUGUUUCACUGGAGGCUGAGCUACAGGACAUUUCUUCCCAAGAGUCCAAGGACGAGGCGUCUCUGGCCAAGGUCAAAAAGCAACUCCGGGACCUGGAGGCCAAAGUCAAGGAUCAGGAAGAAGAGCUGGAUGAGCAGGCGGGAACCAUCCAGAUGCUGGAGCAGGCCAAGUUGCGUCUCGAGAUGGAGAUGGAGCGGAUGAGACAGACCCAUUCCAAGGAGAUGGAGAGUCGGGAUGAAGAGGUGGAGGAGGCCCGGCAGUCAUGUCAGAAGAAGUUAAAACAGAUGGAGGUACAGCUCGAGGAAGAGUAUGAGGACAAGCAGAAAGCACUGCGGGAGAAACGGGAGCUGGAAAGCAAGCUGGCCACGCUCAGUGACCAGGUGAACCAGAGGGACUUGGAGUCAGAGAAACGGCUGCGGAAAGAUCUGAAGCGCACUAAGGCCCUGCUGGCAGAUGCCCAGAUCAUGUUGGAUCACCUGAAGAACAAUGCCCCCAGCAAGAGGGAGAUUGCUCAGCUGAAGAAUCAGCUGGAGGAGUCAGAAUUCACCUGUGCAGCAGCUGUAAAAGCACGGAAAGCAAUGGAGGUAGAGAUCGAAGACCUGCACCUGCAGAUUGAUGACAUCGCCAAAGCCAAGACAGCGCUGGAGGAGCAGCUGAGCCGCCUUCAGCGUGAGAAGAAUGAGAUCCAGAACAGGCUGGAGGAGGACCAGGAGGACAUGAAUGAGCUGAUGAAGAAACACAAGGCUGCCGUGGCUCAGGCCUCCCGGGACCUGGCACAGAUGAAUGAUCUUCAAGCUCAGCUAGAAGAAGCCAACAAGGAGAAGCAAGAGCAGCAGGAGAAGCUACAAGCCCUGCAGAGCCAAGUGGAGUUCCUGGAGCAGUCCAUGGUGGACAAGUCCCUGGUGAGCAGGCAGGAAGCAAAGAUCCGGGAGCUGGAGACACGCCUAGAAUUCGAAAAGACCCAAGUGAAGCGGCUGGAGAGCCUGGCAAGCCGGCUCAAGGAAAACAUGGAGAAGCUAACUGAGGAGCGGGAUCAGCGCAUUGCAGCUGAGAACCGGGAAAAGGAGCAGAACAAGAGACUACAGAGGCAGCUCCGUGACACUAAGGAGGAGAUGGGUGAGCUUGCCAGGAAGGAAGCUGAGGCAAGCCGCAAGAAGCAUGAGCUGGAGAUGGAUCUGGAGAGUUUGGAGGCCGCUAACCAAAGCCUGCAGGCUGACCUGAAGCUGGCAUUCAAACGCAUUGGGGACCUGCAGGCUGCCAUUGAAGAUGAGAUGGAGAGUGAUGAGAAUGAGGACCUCAUCAACAGUUUGCAGGACAUGGUGACAAAGUAUCAGAAAAGAAAGAAUAAACUCGAGGGGGACUCAGAUGUGGACUCAGAGCUGGAGAACCGGGUCGACGGGGUCAAAUCCUGGUUGUCAAAAAACAAGGGACCUUCCAAAGCAACCUCUGAUGAUGGCAGCUUGAAGAGUUCCAGAACGGCCCUCAACAGCCUCCCUAAGGAAGGCAAGGGGCUGGAGGAGAGACCAGCCUCCGUGCUCAGCUCGCUCAGCUACCGCAAGCGGCUCACCUUGAAGGACUCCAUUGGGGGUACAGGGGACCAGGACUCUCUAUUCACCACCCUGAGUGAGCGUGCCUCCUCUCCCGAGAGGCCCCCCAGGAAGGCCCACCCAGGUACCCGGGAAGAGCCAAGUCAGGGCCAGGGCAGGAGGUCAGAGGAACCGGUUGACUGCAGCUCCAUCUUCUCCAUGGGAUCUGGGAGCCGUGUAGGCCGGGGCCUGGAGAAGCGCUGGGGCUCAGACUUUGACAGGGCCUCAGCUGUCUCUGCACCUGUCAGCCGGGCGUCCUCAGCCACGCGGCGAGGCUCUGGCGAGGAUGAGGCCCGCUCCUCCUUGAGCUUCUCACUGUCCAGCUCACCCAGCUCCCGCCGCAGCACCUCAAGGCUUGACAGCCUGUCAAGGACCCUUAGCCCUUCUUGGAGCAGGGCCUCAGGCCUGGGCGGGGAAAGCCCUGGCUCCCGUCUGUCCCUGGGCCAGAGCUGUCUAGAUGAGUGGGAUGAUAGAGCCAGCGUGGCCUUGAGUGAGGCACACUCACAGGUCAGCCACCUGUCGCUAGCCCGCAGCCUGUCUGUGCCACCCCAGCCACAUGGCUUGGCCUCGGCCUCAACCUCAGUCACCGACGAGUCACUCAGCUCCAGCAUCCGCCCCAUCAGCCGUCACUCCUACCUGGACCCAGACCUGGAGGCUGCCAUCAAUGAGGUCUUGAGCUAUAAACCUGUGCCAUUCCAGCGAAGCAGCCUGGAGCCUGACUCUGAGGAAGAUGACCGGAAGAGCAUCCAAAGUACCCGGAGUGCCCAGUUGGACCUCCCAGAGCGAGGCACCAGCAUCCGCCGCUCUGCCUCUGCUGUUGAUGUCUCUGGGUCACGCAGUGGCCACAAGAGCCGGAGCAAGCACAGGAGCAGAAGGAGCAGCCCCAGCUCCAGCUCCAGCUCUGAAAGCUCCUCAGAGCACAAGCGGCGGAAGAAGGGACGCUCUCGGAAGAGCAAGAAGAAGUCCAAAUCUAGAAGAAGAAAAACUGAGACUGAGUCUGAGUCUGAGUCCUCUUCAUCCAGUGGUUCCACGGUCUCAGGCCACAGCCGCUCAAGUGUGAAGAAGGGCCCAGCCACGGAAAGUGAGGAGGGUGGGCAGGCGGACCGGCGGUCAAGGAAGGAAGAGAAGAAGCGCAAAAAGGAAGUGGACAGCCUAAUGAUGCGGUACUUGUACCGGCCCGAGAGCGACUAGUGCACCCCACCAGCCACUGGAAGUCCCUUGCCCCAGAUCGGUCAGAUGAUGAGCAGGACCCUCUGGACAGCACCUCCAGACUGCGAUACUCCCACAGCUAUCUGAGUGACAGUGA